CUCAUCCUCUUCUUCCUUCUUUUCUCUCAUUCUUCCUUUUCCUACUCCACCUCCUCCUGCACGUCCCCAUCGCUAUCAGGAAAUUAAGGAGAUUCCUUCGUGUUUUGCUGACAUCAGGGGAGCAGAGGAAGAGAGAGUGAUCGGGUUUAGCUCUCCAAGGGAAGACUAGGAGGCUGACGACGCUCAGGCAGGUCCUCCGGUACGGAGGGUGGCCGGGGAGUCCUGAGGGCAUGAAGUAAGAGGGCGGCAUCGCUGGGAGACUCUUGCGCCGGAGCGAGAGGAACUCUUCAACACCGGACACCAUCUCGCCACCAGCACCUCUACCGCCACCACCAAAGAAUGUUAGAGGAUCCCAAUCAAAAUACUGCAGAUGAGACGGCGCUGGAGAGCCUGGGCGACGGUGCGGGUCUGAGGGAGUUUGGGGGGCUGCCGUGUGGCGAGCCGGUGUCCUGCGGGGAUCUGUUCCAGGAGGACAGGGCGUCGGUGCAACUCCUGCCUAUAGACCGUCUGAGCCUCCUGCUGGUAGACGCCUUGGCCAUCAACGGCAGCAACGGUUCCUCAGUGCAACACCCGCUCUUUAACUUCUCGUCGGAUGAGCUGCUGGACGUGCUGGCGGGGGAGCAGGAUGGCUACCUGGACCCCGUGACGCAGGUGGUGUUCAUCGUGUGCUACGCCAGCCUGAUGGUACUGGGCGUGAGCGGCAAUCUCAUGGUGGGCUGGAUCAUCUGGCGCAAGAAGACCAUGAGAACGCCGCGCAACCUGUACAUCAUCAACCUGACGGUGUCUGACCUCAGCAUGUGCCUGGUGUGCAUGCCCAUCACGCUGGUGGGGCUACUCUACAAGAACUGGGGGAUGGGGGACCUGUUGUGCAAGCUGGUGCCGGUGUUGCAGGGUGCCAACAUUUUGGUGUCCACCUCGACGGUGCUGGCCAUCGCCGUGGAUCGCUACGCCACUAUCGUCAAGGUGGGCAGGUCAUCGCGGAGUAAAGUGCACGUCACGUCCUCCAUCGCUGCCAUCUGGACCUCCUCCGUGUUGUUCACGAUGCCGCUGUACUUUUACCACAGCGUGACUCAGGUCAAGCUGGGACAUAUCGUGCUGUACAAGCGAUGCAUUUUUCAAUGGCCGUCGCGGGCGGCGAGGAACACGUGGUUGAUCUUGCUGCUGAUGACGCAGUACGGCAUCCCCAUCCUGGUGCUGAGCGUGGUGCACGCCCGCAUUAAGCACUACCUGGGCCACCACCUGAUGGGCCAGUACGACGCGCGCCGUGCAGAGAGGGAGAUCGAAAGGAACCGUAAGACCACCAUCCUCCUCUCCACCAUCGCUGUGGCCUUCGCCGUGUGCUGGCUGCCCUGGCACGUGGUCAAUCUCCUCGCGGACUUUGAAUACGAGGGUUUGCGGGAACCAACCCACUUCUAUGCCGUCUUCGGUGCCUCGCACAUCAUGGCCAUGAGCUCGGCGAGCAUCAACCCCGUGCUGUACGGCUGGCUCAACACCAACUUGCGGCGGGAGCUGGUGGAGGUCCUGCCGCACAUUUUCGUCAAGCUGGGCUGUCUGAUGGCAGGCGUGCAGGGGCGGGGGCGCAGCAUGGGCGGGGGUGGCCCGGGCGACUCACCCACCAGACAGCCCGAGAGUGUCACCCUCUUGGUGUUCCAGACCCAUCCACCCACCAGCCUCACCCAGAUGGUGGCCCGCUCAUCACACCCACCCACCACCACCACCACAACCACUACCUCUACCACCACUACCCCCACCACCACCACCACCAACACCAACACCACUACCGCAACCACCACCGCCACCACCACAACGUUAAUUGGGAACGACAUGUAGCCCGGCAUCAGCUGGAGGGCAGGCAGAGAGGAUGUGAGGAUUACCGGCUACGCGGAGAGAGGAAGAGGAAGAGGAAGAGGAGAAGGAAGAGGAGGAAGAGGUGGAGGAAUACGUGGUGAAGUCUUGGAAGAGGAAGAUAACCAGGACAUACUAGAAGAAAAUGAUGAUGAUGAUAAUAAGGAGGAGGACGAGGAAGAUGUAGAUAGAGGGCAGAGAUCGAGAGAAAUAGGGAAAAGUGACCCAUUGUUAAGCAGGUCACUCUUACAAGACCUCACCAGGACGCUCAGUGACCUCGGAAGCAGAGCCAAAGGCCAACUCAACUCCUGGAGAGCCCACACUCACGGCGAAAGAAAACGAGGUCAAGGAUGGGAAAAAGUGCAAAUGGCGUGACCUGACCUGACCUUACUAAAUGUCAUACGAGUAACAAAUCAAUCGUUUCGGGAAAAAAAUUAUUGCGUUGCUUCGGUGCUAAUGACCUUGACUCGUGCCUGACAUGACUCGACUUCGCAUGACCUUCACAGUGAUGGUGGUGGUGGUGAUGGUGGCGGCGGCGACCUUCAACAUCCAAAUGGGGGACUAAAGAAACAAAAAAUAGGUCAAUUGGAGGGAAUUCUUUUUCAAUGGGACCAAACAGACUUUUGUAAUGACGAGUGUCCUUCCUUCCUUCUGUCCUUCCUUCCUUCCUUCCUUCCUUUCUUCCUCUUAACUUCCAAUCCUUCUUUUCUUCCUUUCUUCCUUGCUUGCUUCCUCCACACUGCAACUUUAAGAGUCAAACUUCUACGUCCCUCCAUCUUUCCUCCCGCUUCCCUUCAUCCUUUCACCUUCCCCUGAGAGAGAGAGAGAGAGAGAGAGAGAGAGAGAGAGAGAGAGAGAGAGAGAGAGAGAGAGAGAGAGAGAGAG